GAAGUGCAAGUUCGUGGGAAUAUUCUUUAGGUCCUUCCUAAUCCACCACUACUUCCGCUCCAGCGUCAUUUGAGCGUCACUGACUUUUGUCCAAUCUUCCUUCGUGCCCUGGCUGGUUCCUAACAUGUCACUGAUAAAUGCCAUCGUUUCCCGAGGGCCCACAAUCCUUGCUGAACACCAAGCUCCGGGCCAGCGAGACUUCUCACAUGCUACACAGACAAUUCUUUCCAAGAUCCCGCCGAACAACAGCAAGUUAACAUAUGUGUGGGAACAAUACCUCUUUCAUUACAUCUCCGAGGACGGCUUCACUUUUCUGGUCAUGGCAGAUGACUCUGUAGGAAGGAAGAUGCCAUUCGCUUUCCUAGCGGACCUGCAGCGCAAAUUUACCGAGCUCCCAUCCUCCUCGUCUGCUGUACUAAGCUCUACCCCCGCAUACGGACUUCAAGGCACCUUCUCUCCCACUAUCGCCUCUCUCAUGCACACGUACAACACUGCUCCUCCAACGGACGAAGUCGCCCGUGCUCAAGCGGAGCUGAACCAGGUCAAAGAUAUUAUGGUCCAAAAUGUCGAGCAGAUCCUCAGCCGUGGGGAGCGUAUCGAGCUUCUCAUCGAUAAGACUGAUAACAUGGCCACGCAGGCCACCGCAUUCCGGCGCGGCGCCAGGACAGUGAGGCGGCAGAUGUGGUGGAAGAAUAGCAAGAUAUUGGCAUUGAGCGUCUUGGUUGCGCUACUAUUAUUGUAUAUCAUUGUUGCUCAGUUCUGUGGGGCUAGCCUGCAGUGUGGCGCACAGUCUUGAGCAUCUCCAUGGUCCGGAUUGCUUAUUUAUUUGUACCCCAUAAUAUCCAUAUGUACUCCCUAGACUUAUCGACACUCAUAUUGGCCUCGUACAAUGUUUGUUAUAUUUAGGCACUUCAGACCCGACAUAUGUAACACCUUGACAAUAUAUCUCGCCAAGGUUGCUUGCCCGCAAAUUUUUACACGUCUAGAGACGAUGGA